AUGUUUAGCUCUCGAGCCAUUUCGACAAACACCGCUCGCUUCGCCGCUAGGCAACAGGGGCUCGCAGCUGAGAGGUCCAGUUGGUAUACCAUAAGAAGCCAGCCUACCCGAAGCUUCAGGAGUUCACCAAGAUGCAGGGAGGAGGAAAAGAAGAGACAGGAUUCCUUCAAGGGCCAGCUUUAUGAAAGUACUCAGCAACGAUUGAAUCGAGAGCGCGCAGAGUUAGACCGCUUCGCGCGGAUGCAAAAGCAAUCUCCGCAUAUCCAAUAUACCGCGAUGACCAUCACUGUCCUUGUUACUGCUCUAGGUUGCUACUACCUUGGUACUAUAAAACCAGCGGAGCUUCCAACAUCCUCCACCACGUCCCUAAGCGACGCUCAAUCACCGCAACAUAACGUCUCCCCCUCGAAUUUACAGGCUGCUUGGGCCGACUUUGUUGAAAUAGUAGGCAGGGAAAAUGUUUCGACGGAACAGGAAGACUUGGAUGGACGCUCAGGAUCUGCUUGGUCAUCAUACAGUGUAAAAGAAAGCGAAAGGCCAUUUCUUAUUGUCUUUCCUUCGACAACAGAGGAAGUUUCACGCAUUAUGAAAGUCUGUCACGUCAGACUUAUUCCGGUCAUCCCAUAUUCUGGCGGAACUAGCCUGGAGGGCCACUUCUCCCCAACACCUGGUGGUGUUUGUAUUGACUUCUCCCGCAUGAACAAGAUAGUGACCCUACAUAAGAACGACCUGGAUGUGGUUGUACAGCCAGCAGUUGGAUGGGAGGAUUUGAACGAGGAGCUGGCGAAGGAUGGUUUAUAUUUCCCCGUUGACCCCGGGCCUGGAGCUAUGAUCGGUGGGAUGGUUGGAACUGGCUGCUCAGGAACCAACGCAUACAGAUAUGGAACUAUGAGAGAAUGGGUUGUCUCGCUGACAAUGGUGCUUGCGGACGGAACCAUUAUCAAGACCAGACAGCGGCCCCGGAAGUCAAGCGCAGGAUACGAUCUUACAAAGCUCUUCAUUGGCAGCGAAGGAACACUUGGGUUAGUUACGGAAGCUACCCUCAAGGUAACGGUCAAGCCGAAAAAUGAAAGCGUAGCUGUCGCAUCUUUCCCGUCAAUUCAUCGUGCUGCCGAAUGCGUGGCUAAGAUUGUGGGAGAGGGAGUGGAACUCGCUGGUCUCGAAAUACUGGACGAUGUUCAAAUGAAAUGCAUCAACGAUAGCAAAACCACACGACGCACCUGGAGCGAAGCACCCACUUUGUUCUUAAAAUUCACAGGAACAGAAACCGGUAUCAAGGAACAAAUUAAAAUUGUCCAAGCUCUGGCAAAAAGCACCGAAAGCCAGUCGUUUGAAUUUGCCCGCGGGAAGGACGAGAUGAACGAGCUAUGGAGUGCACGGAAAGCGGCUCUGUGGAGCGUUAUGGCGAAAAAGAGAGAGAACGACCGAGUCUGGACGACGGAUGUGGCUGUUCCCAUUAGCAGACUACCGGACAUUAUCGAGCAAACGAAGCAAGACAUUGUGAAAAACGGCCUCUUGGCUGGAAUCUGCGGCCAUGUUGGUGAUGGCAAUUUUCAUGCAAUCCUACUUUUUAAUGACAGUGAGCGUGCCGUCGCCGAAGGAAUCGUACACCGUAUGGUGAAGCGAGCCAUCGAGAUGGAGGGCACUGUCAGUGGUGAGCAUGGCGUUGGGCUUGUCAAACGAGACUAUCUUGACCAUGAACUCGGCGAGUCAACAGUAGACACGAUGAGAAAGAUAAAACAAGCCCUCGAUCCUCUAGGCCUUCUCAACUGCAAUAAGGUCGUUCGAGUAGAACUUCCGGGGCAAGGAGAUGUAAAAAGUUGGUAA